GAGAGAGAGAGAGAGAGAGAGAGAGAGAAAGAGAUAGAGGUAGAUAGAUAGAUAGAUAGAUAAUUAAAGAAACACAGUGUGUUUUGUUGUGUUAUAAGUGAUCAAAAGAGAAACAGAUAGAUGAUUAUAUAGAGAGAUAUACAUAUAUAUAUCCUUCUCUAUAUAAUAAAAAGAAAGAUAGAAAAUAAUUAACGAAAAAGGUAUAAUAAAAAUCUUUCAAAAUUCAGUUCUACGUAAUAUUGUCGCCGACAGGCAGAGUGGAGAGAAAAAAGCUUCGAGCUCGAAUAAUGUCGACGGGCAAGAGACUGGCGAAGCGCAGUAUAAUCGGUACGAGGGUGUGCGCGCCCGGUGAGGACGGCAAAUAUUAUAGCGGUGUUAUACACGCCGUUAAAACGCCGGCAUCGGCGGCGUCCGAGUCUGGUUUGAGUAUAACACCGAAGACUCGGUACUCCGUUAGAUUUGACUCGGUGCCCGGAGGCCGACCACCGAGUCCAAGUACCGAAUAUUCCGACCGUGACCUCAUAGGACCCGGAUUUGGUUCCGUCACCGGCGCACGCCUCGUACCCGGUCAGAAGGUUUACCUAACCUACCACGGUAGGGAGAUACAAGCCGAGGUCACUCAGCACCGUGAAGACGAGGUUGAAGUUAUCAUUGCACCUAACGGACAAGAGGGUACGACGAGUUUGACAAAACGCAUAGACGAAGUUAGAUUAUUGGAGUCACGAAAGAGUGCUCGGUUAGCUGAUCAGGAUACUGAUUUUGCUAGGCUUGCCGAUAUGGCUGGUGAUCGAAAACGUGCUUCGUCUCACUCCAUUGACGUACCGCACGUGAUCGGAUCUAGAAAACGACGUCCAAGUUCGAGCAACGAUUCUGAACGAUCUUACAGUGGAUGGAGCGAAAGGAUACCCCAUGGUUGCGGUCGGGAGGGUUGUCGUACCAACGAACGUGGUGAUUGCAUGGACGAAUGCACUGCCGCGUUGGUUCUCAUGUCGCUUUCAUGCUCACCCCACAGUCCUCACAACCCAUUACCACUACACUGCCAACACAAUUACGGUUCCUGGGGAGGUAGAGGAGGAGUUGGUGGUGGUGUAGUAGUAGGUUCACCAGGAGUUGGUGGUACCUCGAAUAGUAGCAGCAGCAGUAGCGGUGCUUCCUGGCGAAGUGGGACCCCAAGUCCACCCUUAAGUGACGAGGGUGCACCAACGACUGGUUCGUUGUGGCCAACACCGGCUCACGUAUCGCACAUCAAUCAAGCUCAUUAUCCUUGCAACCUUUCGGGUUCAUCGUCGAGCAGUACGCCUGGUUCGACGAUCACUAUGGACGAAGGCAUAGUCCCGGAUUAUCUCGAGGAACAACAUCCACGUAAAAAAAAGAUCAGAGCGAAAGUUGACCGAGAUCCGGUCGAGAUUGAUCUGAGUUCCUGCGAGACCUUCGAAAACGAACAGACCAAGGCUGCCGUUGUUUUCAAAUGUACAUGGAAAGGUUGUCUCGAAGUCAAGACUACAGUUCCACUCAUUGAGGAACACGUGCGUCAGUCUCAUCUUGGUCCAAAAAAAUCAAAAGGCUAUGAUAACGAUGGCGAAGACGAUAUAUCGGACCACGAGGAAGAAUUUUAUUAUCAAGAAGUAGCGGUUGAUCAUAUGAGUUCACCACCUACGAUGUCACAUCGGGACAUGGCUAGGCCACCCCACGAGGAUCCAGAGUAUCAGAAACAACUUCGCUUGGAAGCAGUACCGGUUAAUACAAGCAAUACGGAAAGCAAUAGUUCAGCGAUGCCGUGCGUGAAGGAACGAAACAAUGCAUUCACGAUUCUGCAGUCGCCCGGUACGCCGAUCAAGCACAUCAAAUUGUCGCCACGUCCAUUCCAAGCCUAUCACCAGCAGAACAUGGGCCUGUUGACGGUUUCGACUGGAAAAAUACCAUCCUCACCACGCCGGAUUCGCGGUGAAACGAAAAAGUGUCGCAAAGUUUACGGCAUGGAACACCGCGAUCUUUGGUGCACCCAAUGCAAAUGGAAAAAGGCCUGUAGUCGUUUUGGCGACUAGGCCAAAAAGCCGCCCCGUUCUAACGUCCGCGGGCGGAGAUCAUCGCCGAGCCGACCCCAAAUAAUUAGUACGAUGCCAGUGCCAGCAAGAAGACGUCGAAUGUCAUCGUCGUAUCAUCGCCGAUUAUUACAACAAAUACCUCCAUCGUUAACAUUAUUAUCAUCGAUAUCAUCAUCAACGACGACAUCGCCGCUAUCGACACUACCAACGACUGCCAACGAUGAUAAUCGAAUCGAGAGAAACGAGAAUCUAAGAGCAAGAUCCUCGUUAUAUCGGCACGAUCACUAAAUGAACGCAAUUCUUUAGCGAAGAGAUAUUACCACCCACCCAACCCCUCUUUAUCGUCCACCAUCUUUUUCAAACCGAUGAUGAUGGGGAUAAAGUGUAUAAACCAACCUUUAACGGAUUCCUUCCGGUACGAUCGUCCAUCCGUAAGACGCGUUCCUUUUUCUUUUACUUCUUCUUCUUCUUCUUCUUCCUCUUCGUACAUCAUCUUGUCUUGUCCUUGUCCACUUUUUGAUCUCCCUGUCUUGUUAAUUCUCCUAUUACUCUCAGCACCCCAUUCACUUUUAUUUCUCCUAUUAUUCUUAUUUUCCUAACUUUUUGUUUUUUUUUUCUCGAUUACGAGAGUUACGGCCAGAGAGAGAGAGAGAGAGAGAGAGAGAAAGAAAGAGAGAAGUAAAGUCUCUUUCCAAAGAGAAACGUCUAAUCCCAUGACGGAUGGCGGACGGUUAUAUAAGGGCCGAUCUUCGUGCGUUCCUCGUGAGCUCGUCGUUUUUGUUUUAUCUCUCGGUCAGCACAUGGCAAACUAUUUAGAAAUAUACGGGGACAAAAUGGGUGCCUUCGCCGUUACGAAGGAUCUUAAUUAUUAUUAUUAUUAUUAUUAUUAUUAUUAAUAAUAAUAUUAUUAUAAUUAUUAUAAUUAUUAUAUGUAUAGAUAGGGAAUAAUUGCGUGGGUGGGUGCGAGCGUAUGAGGCAUCCUCAGAGAGACCAACGACUCGUGCUCUCCUUCAUUUUAUGUAAGUCUCGUCCGAAUUUUGUUUUUAAGCUUGGAGAGCGCGAGACUCGGCCUCGAUCGUAAAAGUUCGUCGUUAAAAGAAAGAAAGAAAAAAAGAAAAGGAGUUACAAAAAGACAUUGAACUCUACAUGUUAUUUUUUUUUUCUUUCUUUCUUUCUUUCUUUCUUUCGGUUCGGCAAGCUAGCCGAAAAUCAUCGAUCGUUGAUCAUCGUACAAACUUGUUUUUUUUUAAACCAAUAAUCAAUCGAAUCGCGUUAUCUUAAAAGUACAAUAUUUUUUUAUUAUUAUAAUUAUUAUUAUAAUUAUUAAUAUUAUUAUUAUUAUUAAUAUUAUUUUUAUUUUUAUCAGACUUCUCGAGGUAUUACCGAUCUCAAAUAGGGACUUUACCUUAGUAAAGACAUUGUUCAAUUAAAAUCACUAGUUUCUGUCUUAUCUCAUCGAUUGUACUUGAAAUCACAUUAGAUAAGUUUUCAUCGGACAAAUUUAUAUAUCGAAAUAAUGUUCUUCCCUUUUUUGACGAAAUGCGUGCAUACAUAUGUGUACGUAGAUAUACAUAUGGAUAUUUACGCGUACAUACUUAUGCGUGUUAUCUUUGAAAAAAGAAAAUAUCGAAGUAGUCAGAAAAA